AUGGUUUUGGUGAAACUUAAGUACCUGGGAAUAUCUUGCGGAAUCUCCCUCGUCAAUGGUUCCAAAUUGGAAAUAACCUCUAUCGAUUUAAAUCGAGGAGUUGAGAUGGACGUGAGCUUCAACAACGUGGUGGAGAGCACGCGGCAGUACUUCCAGGGCGUGCCGACCCCCACCGGCCCCGGGCAGCCCGGCUACGGUUCGGCCCCGUUCUGGUAUCAACAGGGCCAGGGGGCCGCCGAGCACCACCAGCAGCCCUCCAGCAGGCUGCCUUCGCUGGCUCCGUUCUCGACGCUCAACUACCGCGGUAACACGGGGUCCAUCAGUUCCGUCAAGUCCACCGGCCAGGGCCAGGCCCAGGGGUCGUACGAUGUGGCUGCCACCGCGGCGGCGAGGUAUCCCAGUCCCAGCGGCUAUAGCAACUACUAUGGUCAUCAACAACAGCAGCAGCAGCAGCAACAGCAACAUCAACAGCUCCAGCAACACAUCCAACACCAGCAGUCGCAACAACAGCAGGCCCAACAACAGUCAGCGCAGAUCCACCAGCAUCAGCAGCAGUCUCACCAUCAUCAGCAGCAGCAACAGCAACAUCAACACCAACAUCAGCAACAGUCUCACCAACAUCAGCAGCAGCAACAUCAACAUCAGCAGCAGUCCCACCAGCAUCAGCAGCAGCAACAUCAACAUCAGCAACAGUCCCAACUGCAGCACCAUCAACAACAAUCUUCUGGUAAGGAUCACCAAUCCUCGCUGCACUCCCAUCAACAAAAUCAGCAAUCUUCCCUGCAUAUUACGCAACAGAGUUCCCAAAGUCAUCAGUCGCACCUUGUACAAAAGCAUCAAGCAUUGCAGAGUCACCAGCAAGCUCUGCAAAACCAUCAUUCGGCGAUACAGAGCCAUCAGCAGCAGUCAGGUCACCAGGGACACCAGCAGAGCUCGCACCAGUCCAUGCACAGCCAGCAGGGGCAGCAGCAGAUGAUUACCAACCACCACGGCCAGCAGCAGUCCAUCGCGCAGCACCAGGUCCCGCCCAACCACCAGACCCAUCAGCAAAGCUACCAGGACAACCAGCAGCAGAACAUCCAGUCCCAUUCCCAAAUGUUGCAAUUACAGAAUCAUAAGCAAGUGAUUCAGAAUCACAAGAUGCAGCUUCUGCAAAAUCAACAAGCGCUGCAUUCAUUGCAGCAGCAGAACCAUUCUUCAGGUCAGCACAGCAACAACAUGCAGCACCAGUACCCAGGCCACCAGCCCACCCACCAGAGCCACCACUCACACCAGAUGGCGAUGUCGAAGUACCAGAUGCAGAACCACCAGAGCCACCACAGCUCGCAGCAGAACCACCACCAACCUGUCAUCAACCAGCUGCAACCUAGUCAGCAGGUCCAGCAUCCCGCCCAGGGCAACCAGCCCCAGGUCGCAAGGCAGUCCCCCCUCGCUGUGAGUCACCAGCAGGCUGCCCAGAGCAACCAGUCCCAGGUAGCACGGCAGUCUCCUCUCGCGGUGAGUCAACAGCAUUUGACAAGGCAGUCUCCUCACCACCAAGGGUUGCCAAGCCACCACCAACAAACCAUCACAAGGCAGUCACCGCACAUAUCCUCUCACCAGCAGACCAUCACCCGCCAGUCACCGCACCACCAGAACUUACCGAGUCCAUCAGUGCUGCAGCAGCAGUCCCUUACGAGACAGUCUCCACUCGCCAGCCCUCCGGUGGUCGCCUUUGCAUCCCAACCGUCCAGUCACUCCAGCAGUCACCAACAGGGGUUGUUCUCGGCAACUGUUAGUGGCAGCCGGACGACACCUACCGGAAGCACUGCCAUUCCUGUGAUAAACCAGGUGAAGCGGGAGUCCCCCCUUGACUUAUCAGUGAAGACGAUAAGGCAGUCAGCAGAUUCAACAGCAGAUCCAGAGCAUGUCUUCUACACCUUUCAUAACGAGUUCAUGCGAGGGAAGGCGUCUGGUUCAGGGCAUGGCCAGCAGCUGCUGAGUGCCUCUAAGGUCGACUUCCAACCCUUCACUGUACCUGCAGAUGGCAAGAAGAGGAAGGAUUCGUCCUACUACACACUGCCAUCUGUCAACAGCUUCAGCAGGGCAUACGACAAGCUGUACCAGCAGCAGCCGACUCAACAGCAGUUGCAGAGAUCGGGAGGUCUCAAGGCAGAGGCCAGGUACAGCCAGAACUACCUCAAGAGGCCGCCGGAACCGGAAAAACAACAGGCCUCUCCGAAGGUGCCCAGGAUAGACACCUGGAAGCAGACGUUCGACCAGCAGAUAGAGAAGCGCUUCAACUCAUACCUGUCGUCGAUCGCUGUGAACGGUGAGAAGAAGACACCCUUCGCCACGCCCUCUUACCCGGAGCAGAAGCAGAACGGAGCUGACAAGAGGGUGCUCAGCAUCCUGAGGAACAGCCUCGAGACGAGGAACCAGCAGGUGAACCACCCCCAGCCCAAGCCCCUCCCUCCCGUCCCCAGGUACCUCGAGACCAGGCUACCUCCAUCAACUGUGAUGCGCCAGAACCUGCCUCCGUUCGGAGCGCUGAGUGGAGACAGGAACAGGCUGCAAGUGCCGCGGGCUGUGGAUUCAAUCCAGCGCUCAUCAAGCACCCAAGACGUCGUGGACAUCACAGACGAUGAUGAACCACCGCAGCAGGCGCCGUCAAAGGGUGAGCUGGACGGCCUCGCUGCGUUUUUGGCUGCCAGGAUUAGGACCAAGGCGGAGUUGAAGCAGCAGGUAACACCAAGCUCUAAAGAGAACAGCAGCAAAGCUCCUCCUACACCCUCAAACGCAAGCUGUAGCAGCGGGCACUCUUCUCCUAGGACGCCGGUCUUCUCGUCUAUGGAUAAUAAAGAUCUAGUCAAGAACUUUUCAAGCUCUGAAGGUAGUGCUACCGUAAAUAAAGGACUAUUGUGGAGCGUUAACGCUCACAGGCUCUCUAAAGAAAACAGCCUCCUCGCUUCGUUACCGAGAAGAAGGGCAUGCCCCGUCGCCGCCACUGCGGAGCACCGCAGCUCGUCUGAAACAUCAGUGUUUGAUUUCAGGGACUCGGAUUCCGAGGGCAGUGAUAUAGCGCUCACAGACCUCAGGCGAGCAAGUAUCUCUUCAUCUUCUCUCAUUCACGCUCCGCCUCCUCCGCCCGCCAACAUAUCGCCCGAAGAGGAAGAAGAUUUCAACAGAUGGAUAGCAUUGUGUGAGGAAUUAGUGAUACAGUUACAGCAAGGUGGUAAGAGUAUUCGAAAGAGAUUCAAACGGAGGCUAGACGAGAGUAUGUUCAUCAAAAAGGAGGAAGAAGGCGAUGAUUUGGAUAUUAAAAUCAAGAAAGAAUUUAUUUCUGACAAUAGUAGAGAGGGCGUGGCAGAAGAUGAUGAAGAAGCGUUACAGCCACGAGAAAGGCCACUGCUGAAUUGCAGAAAAAUUCGUCAACAAAGGAAGCCUGGGCCCCGGAAGAAAAAACUCAAAAAGUUUAUGGGAAAUUGGCAAAAUGAGGUAUGGCAGUACAAGAGGCCUAUUGGCCUGAUGAUGGCAGGGGAGAAGUGCUCUAAUUGGCCAAAAGCUCCCUCUUCGCUUCCGGAUCUGGAUCGUCUCAACGAUCCUCAUUCGCAGCCAAUCAUCAAAGUAGAAGUGGAGGAUAACAAAGCAGUCGCGAAGUCGCUCGGAGAAGAAAAAUCUUUCUUGGAUCGCCUUAUGCAGCGCUAUUCAGACAGGAGAAAAAAGGCUAAAAUAUAUGAACAAAAAGAUCCGCAGACUUCUUCUUCGGAACUCAGCUCUACGCCCAAGACUGAAGAAGUCAACCCGAAAACAGAAACAAUCGCUGGCUUUAGGGACGAUCUACCCGCCGAAGGUGACCUACCUCCGGAUAUCAAACCAAAGAUUAAAGAAACAAAACUUAAACAUAGAGAUUUCAAUGAGGAGAGACCGGCUUCCGCACCACCGCCUGGAGCUACCAAGUUCAUCAUCAGGAAGAGCAAUGCCAUCAGGAAUCCCACUUUCGUGAAGAAGAAAAAAGGUCUUAUACUGAAGAAAGGAGAUACACCCAGAUUGAUACCAGAAAAGAGGUUUAAGACGUUCAGGCGAAAAUUAAAAUCAUCUGGUUUUGACUAUAUUAGAAAGAAGAAAAAACAAGUCGUAAAGAAAGAAGGAGCUGAUCCUCCAAGGGAACGGAAGAAAAAAACAGCACCCAUGACUGAACAAGAAAUACAGGCAGAAAUCAAAGGUUGGGUUCUAAACAAAGGACUUGGUGAAACUUUACUUCACCGGGCAGCAAGAAUUGGCAAUGUUGAUGUGGUUUAUUACUGCCUGGAGAAACUGCAUCACAAUCCGGCACCGAGGGAUAACGCGGGCUACACGCCCCUUCACGUUGCCUGUUCUCGGGGGCACUUCCAGGUCGCCAACUUACUUCUGAAGUAUGGUGCGAACGUCAGUGAUAGCGCGCUUGGAGGUGUCAGACCUCUACACGAAGCUGCUGAGAACGGAUUUACGAAAAUAGUAAAACUACUGCUGGAACAUGGGGCUGAUCCUCAGCUUGCAACCUAUUCAGGGGCGACGGCAAUGGCGCUCGCUACGGACGAGGAAGCCAGGCUUCUCAUGGAAAUGCACAUAUCGAGUCAGGUUCCACUCCAGCCGAUAAUGGAUGACGAUCCAACCUGCAGCAGCCAGCCGAAGCAAGAGGUCGACGAUGACAGUGGUUUGGCCAGCUCAGACUUGGAAGGCUUUGAGAUAGAGGAGUCUUCGGUACCUCUUCCGAACCUCUAUCGCCUGGCGAACGAACCUCGCACCGACUCCUGGGUCCUGUUUCACGAGCUCUCUCCCCUGCUGAGGGUGAAGACGAAAGAAGCCCUCCUCAAGCAGCUCGGUCAGGACGCCAGGACAGUGCUAAGGGACAUGAAAACUUCAGAGUUUUACGAAAAGGCUCAUUGUCGAGCGAUCAAGAGCACUGCAGGACCUAAAACUCCGAAGGUGACUCUGGUGAAGUAUACAGAUACGGUCAAGUUCCUCCUCGGUGUCGAGACUACGGUCAUACCGCGGUGA